GAAUUUUACAUCUGAUUUGCCCCGGAAGAGCUUGGAAUCUGACUGAGUGUGAUGGUCGACCUGUCACCAAUGAUCAGUUCUUGUGUGAAGACAACAGGGUUGCCAUGGUUACAUGUGAGCGAGAGCAUGACCAUGAUGACGAAGAUGAUAUAUCAGACGACAAUGGUUGCCUAUGUAACCCAUGUUCGAAUGACAGUCUUUGCAUCCUAAUCGACGUUCAACCUGGAUACUUCUGCACAUGCUCUGAUGGAUCUGAAGGAGAACAAUGUGAGACGAGUACCGCAGGACUUGAGCCAGGAGUUGGUCUAAACGAUUCAGACUGGGAAUCUUUCUCUUCUCCCUCGUUAUUGGGACUUGAUGAAGAAGAUGGAGCACAAGAAAAUGGAACGCAUCUUUCACCAUUUACCGGGAGUCGACACCGACCGCGGGGUCGGCUGCAUGCUAGAUUUCGACGCCCACAUCGACCCCGAAGGCAUCGAACCCAACCCUGGAGAUUUGGACGUUGAUUAUCGAGUCCCGAAUCUCGGGAACAAUCUCGGAAAAAUUGUACUCGGUCCGGGCAAAGGCUGUCGACGGGAUCAUUAGUGUCAAUUUUCUUCUUUAUCUUUACUUUGCUACAAAAAAUUAUAGUCCUAUCUGUAAAGAUCUACCCCUUUUCAAUUCUGCUCGCCUAAUUCAAAGUUUUGCACAUGAACUUUAAGGUCAAACACUUUAAUAGCAUGGCAAUGAAUCAAAAUGUUAUUUUCAGUAGGUAUUCAUGGUAUUCGUCGGAACGAUGAAUCAAUCAUUGGAACACUUUUACAUAAGUCCUCCUUCGUAGUAAGAAACUGAGUAUGCCAUUCUGAAUCUAAUUUAUGAUAACGCUGUAUAUAGACUAAAACACUUGUAUAAAAUGUUGUGGUUGCUAUAAUUGGCCACUAUACAAACUGUGUAUUGUAACUGUCAGCAUGUCUAUUUAAAAUAUAUUUAGCGAUUUUGGCGAUUGAUGGUUAAUGUUACUUCAUUUCUUUACAUAAUGAUUGGAAUAUCAUUUUAGAAUGAUCCUAUCAUAUUUUAAAAAAUCUAGCAAAUAGUAUGUUGUAUCCAUUUAAAUAAAUUUUUAACUCCCGACUUCGUGGACUAAGUUAUUUUGGAAUGAAAUAUUUUACAUUUCUGCGUAUUAACAAGGGAAAUACAUUUGUCAAUGGAAACUCAUAUUAAAUUAAAUUGCUAUUAGAGUACAUUUUCUGAAGUCUUUUUCUUCAUGAAAAUUUAAGGAAAAUUCUCAUCUUUUGUAUAGACAUGGAUUAUCAAUAUUUCAUUCCCAAAGGAGCUAAAUCCAGACAGAUGAUAGUAUAGUCUCAAUAUCAUUUACACUCACAACUAUGUAAUUUGAUCUGUUAUAUUGCAUACAUUCGUAAUGCGUAAUUUAUGUGAAAUUCAGCCACUGGCUCCCAAUCAUUAUCAACAAAACAUUUGUAUCCUAUACAAUGCUCUGAGUUUAAAAUAUAUGAAUGCAUAAUGGAUUUAUCUCCGUUUGAAAUAAAUUGUUUAAAAUAAGUUUUUAAUGCGACUUAAAUUUUUAACCAUUUUGUUUUCCCAGACUCCAUUUGCGAUAAAUUUCAUUUGACGUGCUUUGUUUACAUGUCGAGGAUGCUCAGACUUGGUCAAAGUAGAAACAUUACUCCUUUUGAAAUUAAACUCUUAAAAGUAACGGCCACCCCAGAAAAAAUGUUGAAAUGAAUCAAUGUAAAGCAUAACGCUGACAAUUUCAUCAAAAUCGGAUGUAAAAGAAGAAGGCUUUGACAUCUUUAACGUUUCGCUUAUUUUUCACAAAACCGAUGAUGCACAAUCCAAUAAUGCGAUGAGAGAGACGAAGAUGUCCCUCACUCACCGUCCGACUGGGGGGCUUUUUGUUGUUUCAAUAUUAUACAAUAUUUCGAUUUUUACAGAUUCGACAAUGACCAGCUUAGCUCAACCACAAAAUAUCAAAACGAUGGUAACACCAUAUCUUUAGAGAGGAAUGAAUCUAUGUGUCACAUAAGAAUGAGAUUAUUCGAAUUCGAAUUUCAUAUUUCAUACAAUGAAAUACAAAGGAAAUAGCGAAUGGAUGACGUCAUUACUCCCCUCAUCGGCAUACCGACCAAGAUGUAGAUAGAACUGUGGUUUAUUUUAAUCAAGCGAAAUUUUAAAUGACAUAAAUUUCUUAUUUUACAUCCGAUUUUGAUGAAAUUUUCAGUGUUAUGCUUGUUGGAUGUUUUUCCUUUUACAAACUUCAUUUUUGUUGAGGUAGACUUUUACUGGGCAUGGUGGCUCAAUGGAAGAGCGCCCGCCGCAUGAACGGGAAGUCGUGGGUUCGAUCCCAGGCCGAGUCAUACCAAAGACCUUCUGCCUUACUGCUAGGCGCUCAGAUUGGGGAAGGGUAAUAAUAACAUACUAUGUUAUGCAGGGCCCGCUGGUAGAGCAGUUUCCUAACUUAAUGGCUACCCAAAACGGUAUUAUUGUUAAAUAUUCUUUCUAAUUUCAUGUGUAUCGUGUAGUCAACUAUUUAGUUAUGAUUUAUUUAAUCAACUUGUUUUACAUUGUUUCAUCAUCUUUUGUUGUUUGCGUGAAAGUUUGAUGUCUAACUUAUUCGUACUUUUUCAUAUCUUAGAUUUUACGAUUCCUGAAUCUUGUAUUAGUUACGAUGCAUUUAGCGCUACUUAAAAACUGAUUAUUAGUAUAAUUCUCAUAUGUAACUUAGAAGUAAUGAUCGUUUACUCAACCUGUUUUACAAUUAUUUUAAUCAUAUUUUGUUGACUGCGUAAAUGUUUUUCAUGACAAACUUAUUUGUUUUUGUCUUUUUAUAUAUUAAGUUUUACAAUUCAUCAUGUUAAUUUAGUGGUCUAGACUUAAUUGAUGUAGUUUGUAUAUUUCUAUAGGUGUUUUUUUCAUAGAUGUAUACAUUGUCUUCAAUUACUGAUGUAAGGACCCCAUUGGUAAUAAGCCAUCUCGGCUUUCAUGGGCAAUCCUGUCAAGAUAUAUACACUUCUGUUCAUAUUUUCUUGUACUUGUUCAUAGUUAUACCUGACAAAUAAAAUCAAUCAAUCAA